CUCACAGCGGACGAAAUGGAUGAGCACAGGCGCCAGAACGUCGCCUAUCAGUACCUUUGCCAUCUGGAGGAAGCCAAGCGCUGGAUGGAGGCCUGCCUGCAGGAGGGCCUGGCCCCACCAACCGAACUGGAGGAGAGUCUGCGGAACGGCGUCAUCCUGGCCAGGCUCGGCCACUUCUUUGCCCCAGAGGUGUGUCCCCUGAGGAAGAUCUACGACCUCGAUCAGGCCUAUUUUCGGGCGCAUGGGCUGCACUUCCGGCAUACGGACAACAUCAGCCGCUGGCGAGGUGCCAUGAGCCGAGUAGGAUUGCCCGCGAUCUUUCAUCCGGAGACGACGGAUGUCUACGACAAGAAGAACAUGCCCCGCCUGGUGUACUGCAUCCACGCCCUGAGUUUGUACCUGUCCAGGCUUGGGUUGGCUCCCCAGAUCCAGGACUUGUAUGGGAAAGUCAGCUUCACAGAAGAAGAAAUAAAUCAUAUGAAGCAGGAGCUGGGGAAGUACGGCCUGCAGCUUCCACUGUUCAGCAAGAUAGGUGGGAUCCUUGCUAACGAGCUCUCGGUGGAUGAGGCUUCGGUCCACGCUGCAGUCCUCGCGAUCAACAGAGCCCUGGAGAUGGGCAUUGUGGCGCAAACCCUGGCGGCGCUGCGCAACCCCAGCGCCAUGCUGGCCGGCCUGCGGGAGGGCCUCGGUGCUGCCUACCACGAAGUGCUCUCCAAGGCCAAGGUGCAGAAAGCGCAAAGUGCCACGAACCGGCCGCGAGAGACUCCCGGCGGAGACGACAUUUACACACAGUGCCUGACCCAGGCGGAGAUACAAGGCAACAUCGACCGGGUGAAUGUGAAGAGCGCACUCUGGUCAGUGGACGACGCCCUCGAAGCGCAGGACGCCCGGAGCCUGCACUCCGCUCUGCAAGAUCCUGCCCUGGCACUGAGGAACCUGCGGCGGGAGAAUGCGGACUGGUAUCUGGAGCAGCUGCGCGCAGACCGGGAGCAGCAAGCGCUGGUAUGCCAGGUGGGCAGUGCUGACUUGCUCAAGCCGGAGGAACUCCAGUCUGGGCUUCACGUGGCCAACGAGAGAGCAGAGCAAGAGCGUGCUGUGGAGCAAGCUGUUGGCCACAUCAACACCUCCAUCCGAAGAGGGGUGGCGGAAGAGACCGUGAGGGCGCUGUCCGUCUCUGAGGCGCAGCUCCCAGACGUCUUCCCCUUUGCUGCUGACCUCUACCAGCGGGAGCUGGCCUCUCUGCAACGACGGCACCCGCAGGGUGAGCUGGCCCAUGAGGAGGUCUUCAUCGCGGUGGAGAUGCUGUCUGCGGUGGCACUGGUCGACCGGGCACUGGAGGACGGGGACGCCCGCAGCUUCUGGAGGAGCCUGGCCAGCCCUGGCCUGGGGCUGUCGGAGCUGGAGGAGAGCAACGUGCAGCGUUACUUUGAUGACUUAGCCAAGCAGAAGUGCCAGCCACAGGCUGCAAGGAAAGGUUUCCUGAGCUGGAACGACAUCCAGGCUUCUGUGAACCGUGUGAAUGCCUCGGUUGAAAGAGAAAGCGAGAAAAUCCUCGCGAUCCGGUUGGCCAAUGAGGCUCUGGGGCAGGACAGCCCCGAGGGGACCCUCCGAGCACUCUUGCUGCCUUCUGCCGGCUUCUGUGCCGUGGGGCUCCCCACGGCGAAGCGCUACCAUGCCGUUUUGACCCAGAUGUUGAAGCAGAAAGUCCAGGUGACCGGGGAUGCUGCAGCCUCGCUGUGGUGGGAAGAGAUCCAGGAGGGCAUCUUCAAGGCCAACCGAGACACGGAUGCAGCUCAGAGAAUGGCUCUCGGGAUCGCAGCCAUUAACCAGGCCGUCAAGGAGGGGAACCCGCUGCAAACCGUCCGAGUGCUGCGCAACCCGGACGUGCGGCUCUGUGGCGUGGUGGCCGAGUGUGCCGCGUCUUACCAAGCGGAAUUGGGAGCCAUUGCGGCUGCCCGAAGCCCCCCAGGGCGCUCGGGAAACCCCUGGGUCCAGCACAGGCUGAAGCACGGAAUGGACUACUACUUCAGCCUGCAGACUUUCGAAGGCACGUGGGAGCAGCCUCAUCCGUGUGCCGUGAGCGUGGCGCACCUCAGCCGGGAGGAGAUCCAGUCCACCAUCACCAGAGUGACGGCCUCCCACGAUCGGCAGCGCCUCUGGGAGUCCCACGCCCCAGUGGUCGCCCGGCUGCAAGCCCAGAUGAGGGGCUUCCUCGUCCGCCGGGAGUUCGUGGCCCGGCGGCUUCUCCUGGUGCAGCAGGCUUUGGCCGCCCGCAGGAUCCAGGCCUGCUGGCGCGGAUACCGGCAACGAAAGAGUUACCGGGAAAGACUGCGCUUCUUGCAGAAGAACACGUGUGCCAUCGUAAAGAUCCAGGCCUGGGUGCGGAUGUGGCGCGCACGCAGACGGUAUCGCGAGCGCCUGCGCUACUUCAGGAGGCGCGUUCAGGCUGUAAUUAAGAUACAGGCGUUUUUCCGAGCCAGCAAGGCCCGGGAGGAUUACCGGCUGUUGGUGCGCAGUGCGAACCCGCCACUCAGCACCGUCCGGCGCUUUGCCCACCUGCUGGAGCAGAGCCAGCAAGACUACUGGGAGGAACUGGAGCUGCUGGAGCUGCAGGAGCGCGUGGUGCGGGGCAUCCGCCACAACCGGCAGCUGGAGAGCGACCUCGGCCUCAUGGACAUCAAGAUUGGCCUGCUGGUCAGGAACAGGAUCACCCUCCAGGAGGUGGUCUCUCACUGCAAGAAGCUGACCAAGAAGAACAAGGGGCAGCUCUCCGACCUGCUGGGCCAGAGCAAGGAAAGGGGGCUGAAAGCACUCAGCAAGGAGAAGCAGAAGGUCCUGGAGGGCUACCAGCACCUGUUCCACCAGCUGCAGAGCCACCCGGCGUACCUGGCCAGGCUGAUCCCGCAGGUGCCCCAGAGCAAGUCCAUGGCGCCCGUCAUCUUCGCCCUCUACAACUACGCCUCCAGCGCCAGGGAGGCCUGCCUCCUGCUUCGGCUCUUCAGGAGCGCCGUGCAGGAGGAGGUAAGGUCAAAAGCAACUCGAAUCCAAGACAUCCUGACGGGAGACCCAGCAGUCACCCACCUGGCCGUGAGCUUUUACCGCGGGGCCCGUGGCCGGAGUGCCUUGCGCGAGAUCCUGGCCGGCCCCGUGCAGGACGUUCUGCAGGACAAGACGCUGCGCAUCCACACCAGCCCUGUGGACAUCUACCGGGGAUGGAUCAAUCAGCUGGAAUCCCAGAGUGGGCGGAAGAGCGACCUUCCGUACGAUGUCAGCCCCGAACAGGCCUUGGGCUACCCUGAAGUCCAGAGGCGGCUGGACAUCUCCAUCCGCAAUCUUCUGGCCGUGGCAGAACGGUUCCUCUUGGCCAUUGUAUCUUCUGUGGACAAGAUCCCGUACGGGAUGCGCUACAUCGCCAAAUCCUUGAGGACGGCCUUGACUGAGAAGUUUCCGACCGCUACUGCGGAGGAGAUCGACAAGUGCAUCGGGAACCUUCUGUACUACCGUUUCAUGAACCCUGCUGUCGUGGCUCCAGACGCCUUUGACGUGGUUGAGCUCUCGGCGGGGCUGGCUCUGCACCCUGACCAGCGGCGCAACCUGGGCUCCGUGGCCAAGAUCUUGCAGCACGCGGCCGCCAACCAGCUGUUUGAGGGGGAGAGCAGCCACCUGAGAGUGGUAAACCCGUACCUGCAGGCAGCGCACCAAACGUUCAGGGGAUUUAUCUGUGCAGCCUGCUGCGUGCCGGAGCCAGAAGAGAGGUUCAGCGUGGACAAGUAUUUCGAAACGGUGGCCAUCACCAAGCCCGUCAUCUACUUAACUGUUGGGGAGCUUGUUAACAUGCAUAAGCUGCUACUGGAGUGGCGGCACACCGUGGCUCCUAGUCCUCAAGACCCUCUGCAUGAGCUCCUGGAGGACCUUGGAGAGCUGCCCACCGUCCAGUCCUUCAUAGGUGGAAGCGACGGCUGUGCCGCGAAUGGGGACGUGCAGCAGGCGCUGCGUCGGCUUGCCAAGACGGAAAUUUCUCUCGUGCUUAGCAGCAAAUUUGACGUGACGAAGGAGGAGGCUGGCGAUGCAGGAAGGGGUGCAAAGAGCUUGCUGCUGAGCACCAAGCAGAUGCUGGCGGACGUGAUCCAGUCGCAGCCUGGGGAGUCCCUCGUGGAGGUCCUGCACACACCCGCCUCGCAUGAUCAGGAAACCUUCCACCAGCGCCUGAUGAAGAGGAGGGCCGCCUGCAGCGCCCUGGUCCCAGACGGGGCAAGGCCCAGCCGCACCCUGGCCGCUGACGGCAGCCUGUCCCUGGAAGAGAAAAAGAGGACGGUCGUCCGGAACCUGCGGCACCUCGAGAGCCUGGGCCUGGUGAGCUCGGCCAGCCAGUAUCAGAGCAUUGUCAGCGAGAUGGCGAAGGACAUCUGCCGGCAGCGGCAACUCCGGCAGCGGCGCAGGGCGGAUCGGGAAGAGCUGCAGCAGGCCCUGCGCGGGCUUGGCGCCAAGAGGGUGUUCCACGAGGAGCAGAUCGACUACUACAGCCGGUACCUCCAGGCGUGCCUGGCCGGCCUGGCCUCCAGAAGCAGGUACGCUGCCGCGGCCCCCAAGCAGGCGAUGCGGCGCUACACAGCAGCCCAGCUCUCCGAGAGGGGUGUCUUGCUGGAGAUUGAGGGCCUCCCUGCCAGCCAAUUCAGAAAUGUCAUAUUUGAAAUUGUUCCCUGUGGGGAAGCUGGUGAGUUCCAGGUGAAAGCAAAAUUUAUGGGAAUCGAUAUGGAGAACUUUAACCUCCACUACCAGGAUCUCCUGCAGCUCCAGUACGAGGGCGUCGCCGUCAUGCAACUGUUUGGCAAGGCCAGAGUCAACGUCAACCUGCUCAUCUUCCUCCUCAACAAGAAGUUCUUCCAGAAGUGA